AUGUUCGCGACGCCGCCUCUUUUGACGAACGACCCGGCCAAGCAGCUGCACGAGAUCGCCGGAAACCUGCCUACUUCGGGAUCCUCCUGCUCCGCUACCGCCGCUGCUGCCUCCCUGGCCACUGCGGCGGCUCGGCAGACACCAUCGACCGGCACCCUCGAUACAGCCGUUGCGCCCCCGACAACCCCCACGAGCUCUUCGGAUGUACUGCUUGCAGGGGAUUUCGUCGCUGUUACGGGGUUGCCGGGCGCGUCUCCCGUCGAACCGCAGUACGUCCCACUGCCGAUAGACGCAAACCUCGAAGAUAUGGACACCACUACUACACGUAAGCGUUCGCAUCCCAGCGAGCUCGGUAGUGAUGAUGAGGGUGCCUCGCGCAAGCUGCAAGCAGUCGGGACUGCGCCACACAUUGCAUCGACGACUAAAUUGCCGCCACGUGUCUCAGGUGAAGACGAUCGCCACUUCACCCCGGCUAGUGGCAUUACCACCGAGGGCGAGUUUCAGCAGGUUCUGUCAAAGGCGCAGAAACGCCGCCAGCGUUCUGCGUUGCCACCGGGCUUAGCCGGGAUCAGCGUCCCUUCUCCCGGGACCGAGCCUGCCGUCCCUCCUGCCGCACGACCUACGGCUCCCUGCAGUUCACCUGCGCCUACUGCACCUCCUGCCGUGGAUCCCGUUGCUACUGCCGGGGUUCCCACAACUUCUGUACCCACCUCGCCACUGACAGCCCGCAUAGUGCUGUUUCGUCCGGCACACAACGGUGCCGCCUUUCCCCGUACCUCCCGCCUCGGCCUCGCGCAGACGCUCUCCGCGCUGCCUGAAGUAAAGGAGGCCGACGCGGAGGAAACCACCAGUGGGGGCGGGGUUCCAUCAAGUUCUGGCAGCCAGCCAUUAGCGGAACCGUCGUUUGAAAACGCUGGAGGAACGAACGGCAGUGAGGAUGGUAAGGUCAAUGACCUACAAGAAGCAACAGAAGACGAAAAAGCCUUUGGUAACACAAGUGCUCCUGCGACCGUGAUGGAGACCUAUGAGGUCGAGCCUAACAAGGAAGAAGAUGACAAAGACGCAGGGAAAAGCGGCACUUCUGCGGUCUCGAAGAGGCCGCGUGAAGGGACUGCAGACGUUGGCAACAGCGACGAAGCCUGUGCUGUCCCACCUGGCCACAACAACAACACGGAUGGCACGGUCUAG